UCACCUGCUGCUGGGACCAUGGGGGCUGGGGCUAGUGCUGAGGAGAAGCACUCAAGGGAGCUGGAAAAGAAGCUCAAAGAAGAUGCUGAGAAGGAUGCUCGAACCGUGAAACUGCUGCUUCUGGGCGCGGGUGAGUCCGGGAAGAGCACCAUUGUCAAGCAGAUGAAGAUCAUCCACCAGGAUGGGUACUCGUUAGAAGAGUGCCUCGAGUUCAUCGCCAUCAUCUACGGCAACACGCUGCAGUCCAUCCUCGCCAUCGUGCGCGCCAUGACCACACUCAACAUCCAGUAUGGAGACUCUGCCCGCCAGGACGACGCCCGGAAGCUGAUGCACAUGGCGGACACCAUCGAAGAGGGCACGAUGCCUAAGGAGAUGUCGGACAUCAUCCAGCGGCUGUGGAAGGACUCGGGUAUCCAGGCCUGCUUCGAACGCGCCUCUGAGUACCAGCUCAACGACUCGGCGGGCUACUACCUCUCGGACCUGGAGCGCCUGGUCACCCCGGGCUACGUGCCCACUGAGCAGGACGUGCUGCGCUCCCGUGUCAAGACCACAGGCAUCAUCGAGACGCAGUUCUCCUUCAAGGACCUCCACUUCCGGAUGUUCGACGUGGGCGGGCAGCGCUCGGAGCGCAAGAAGUGGAUCCAUUGCUUCGAGGGUGUGACCUGCAUCAUCUUCAUCGCGGCGCUGAGCGCCUACGACAUGGUGCUGGUGGAGGACGACGAAGUGAACCGCAUGCACGAGAGCCUGCACCUGUUCAACAGCAUCUGCAACCACCGCUACUUCGCCACCACGUCCAUUGUGCUCUUCCUCAACAAGAAGGACGUUUUCUCAGAGAAGAUAAAAAAGGCGCAUCUCAGCAUCUGCUUCCCGGAUUACGACGGGCCCAACACGUACGAGGACGCGGGCAACUACAUCAAGGUGCAGUUCCUCGAGCUCAACAUGCGCCGCGACGUGAAGGAGAUCUAUUCCCAUAUGACUUGCGCUACUGACACACAGAACGUCAAGUUCGUCUUCGACGCAGUCACAGACAUCAUCAUCAAAGAAAACCUCAAAGACUGCGGCCUCUUUUGAGGUACCUGAACUCAUGUGUGUCCCUGACACCCUGUAGCCCUAGCCACCUUGUAGCCCUAGCCCACAGGAACCUAUCAGCACAACC